AUGGCUUGGCCUCUCUCAUUUCCAUACCCGCAUGCCAAGGAUGGGUACUGGGAACCUGUUACCUCGACCCUGAACUGGUGCGAGGAGGACUACUAUGCCACCCCAUAUGCGGCCGAGAUCGUGAACACCCUGACGAACCUGAUGUUUAUGUGGCUCGGUGUUCAGGGCAUUCUCAGCUGUCGUCGAAAUGGACAUGAUCAGAUCUUCAGUGUUGCUCUGCUGGGAUACCUCGUGGUGGGAACAGGCAGCUUCUUCUUCCAUUCCACUCUCAAAUGCAAGUCCUACCCCAUGCAACUAGUUGAUGAAUUGUCCAUGAUCUAUACCACCUGUCUCAUGGCCUAUGCCCUGUUUUCAUAUUCGCGCUCCACAACGGUACGGAUAUGGCUUGGUAUUUCCCUCGCCAGCCUCGCUGUGUUCAUCACCCUCUAUUACCACUAUCUUCAAGACCCAAUCUUCCACCAAAACGCCUAUGCGCUUCUGACUACUGUCGUUGUGUUGCGCAGCAUGUACACCAUGGAAGUGACACUCCGACCUAAAUGGCGCCACUCGACCGAGCAGGACCGUCUGGAGCUCCAAAAGAAGGGUCUGCCCGUGCCAACUAAGGAGCGCCAACAUUACGAAAAUGUGCGCGACAUCAAGAUGCUCAAGACUAUGUGGUUCAUGGUCACUUACGGGCUGAGCAUGUUCUUGGGUGGUUUCUUGAUCUGGAACCUGGAUAAUAUAUUCUGCUCUGAGAUCCGUCAGAUGCGCCGCAAGAUCGGUUUACCGUGGGGUCUGCUCUUGGAGGGCCAUGGCUGGUGGCACGUCAUGACCGGUAUCGGCGCAUACCUUUAUAUUGUGUGGGGUAUCUGGCUCCGUCAUUGUCUCAACAACCGACAAGAUGAAUAUCACCUCCGAUGGGCGCGUUUCUGGCAUAUCCCCGACGUGGUGCGCGUCUCUGAUUUGACUCAGACCAAGAAGUCAACGUGA